CCUCCCCAAACCCCCAAAUCUCCCAUCCCAUCCCAUCACCGCUUCCCAGCUCAGCUCAGCUCAGCUCAGCCAUCUCCGAGUCCGAGGCUCUGCUCUCAUUCUCUUCUCUUCUCUUCUCCACUCCCCUCCUUGUUCCUCGCGCUCUCGUUGCUGCGCUCCACGCUCCUCUGUUCCUCUCUCGUCGAGCCAAGAUUUUACGGAGUUCGAAAACCGUUAGUAUUAUCCCGGCGCCUCGCGGCACGCAGAGCACGGCUCGCGGCUUUACUGCUCUGUUACAUUUCUGCUCGCCUUUUUAAAUAAAAAGAAGGUAAAGAGGAGGAGGAGGAGGAGGCCGUCUUUAUUGCCUUCCCCUGCGCCCGCUUCUGCUCGCAUCGUCACUCCGUCCUCCUCACUGCUGCCGUUCCUUUGGUCUUUAUCCCCCUGCCGAUCCGCGCGCGGAGCAGGAGCGAGCGAUCCGCCCGCUCAAUCGAUCGUCAGCUUGCCCGGUUAAGGCUGCAGCUUCCUUUCCUGCUGGGGCCAGGGGGCUCGUUCUGAGCUUUCUACCUCGUCUGUCUUCAAAGGGGUUUUGGGCGAGAGAGACAUCGGCAUCCUCCUUUCUGUGUGGUUUCCGGUGGUGGCGCGUGCCAUGUCGCGGUCGCGCACGGUGCGAAUCUACUGGGACGAUCCCGACGUGACGGACUCGUCCAGCGAGGAGGAGGACGGCUGCGCCGCUCGGAGGGUGGGAAGGAUGGUGCGGGAGCUCCCGCCGGCCCCGGCGCCGCUGGUGCACGCGGCGGCGGCGGCUGCUGCUGCUUCGCCGGAGCAGUGCAGCGCGGGAGACGACGACCUGCCGAGGCGUGUUGGUGGGUGCACCGGUGCGCGGAAGAGGCUGGCCAAGGGCGGCGGCUCCGCUGCGCAGAGCACCAAGUUCCGCGGCGUCAGGCGGCGGCCGUGGGGCAAGUUCGCGGCGGAGAUCCGCGACCCGUGGCGUGGCGUGCGCGUCUGGCUCGGCACCUUCGACACCGCCGAGGAGGCCGCGCGCGUGUACGACAACGCGGCCAUUCAGCUCCGCGGCGCCACCGCCACGACCAACUUCUCCACGUCCACCAACUCGGAGGGCGGCCAGGAGGACCUGACGGCGGCCGGGUACGAGUCCGGCGCCGAGUCCUCGCAGGCGGUGUCGUCCCCGACGUCCGUCCUCCGCAAGGUGCCGUCCAUGUCGUCCUUGGCGGAGGACAGGGGCGACUCGGAGGCCUGUCAGGGCGACGCCGCCGCCGGCAGCAGCCUCAGCGUUCCGGAGGAGCUGGGCGAGUUCGUGCCGUUCGAGGACGCGCCGGUCUACUCCAGCAGCAGCUUCUGGGACUUCGAGCCGCAGUCCGGGUUCCUCUACGCCGAGCCGUCGUCGGCCGAGGAGGCCUCGUGGGACGCGUCCGCCGGCGGCGAGCCGUGGGCCGCGCCGGUGCAGGAGAACGACUACUUCUUCCAGGAUUUGCGCGACCUGUUCCCGCUCAACCAGCUUCCCGCGAUUUUCUAGUUGGGAGCGGCGGAGCUUGCUUCCCUAUCUUUUUUGGUGUAUGUCGAGGGUAUUUUGUCGUGUACGUGUGGUGUGUCCCCGUGUAUUUGUAACAUGUCCGUGUGCGUUGCUGCUGUGUUGGGUCGACAAGAAGAGAAAUGUAUGAUCCGGGUAGAGUUUUCACUGC